GAGCUGAGGUUCAAGGAGCCGUUAAUGAAGCUGGGGAUGAGUGUGAGCUGGUACCUGAUAAAGGGAGUAGAUCGUCAUGUUGUCUCGGAAGAGACAACACCGCCGCGUUCGAUGAGACAGUUUGCGGAGGAGUUAUCCGGUAUCUCCCGGUGGUACGGUUAUAAGGCCCCCGCCCGGUCCUCCGCCAUUGUCACCUCGUUCGGUUGUGUAGAAGGCCCUGCUACGAUGGCUUAUCAGAAAUGGAUUGCUGUGAGAGAUGAUGUGGUGACCAAUCGUUGGCUAACUUCCACGGCUAUUUUGUUCCGGAUUCUGUGUCUCUUCCAGCCAGGGGGUCUUGUUCGGAACGGAUGGAACCAAUGGGGUAAAGAAGUAGGUCGGGAUAAAGGGGAGGGGUAUAGGUACUUUCUGGCGUGUGCUUAUGCGAUCCCCAAUGAUUACUGUCCCGGUUCGGGGGAUGUGGAAGGGAGUGAGUAUGAGCCGUCGAUACCUGAAGACAGGGAGCCGGAGGGUUUGUCUCAUGAAUUGGAUGACCUCUUUGGGGACCUUUCGCUACCGGAGUCUAGAGAUGGUGUAGAGGUGUUGGUUAAGGUUGUGGACCGGCGGGUAAGAGAAAAAAGGCCAGAGGCGAAUGAAGAUUCGAAGAAUGAAGGGGGUCCUAGUGACCUUCCCCCUGCUAAGGGUGGGGAAAAAGGGCCUAAGGGCACGCGUACCUUGUUCUUCGGAGUUCCUUUGCGCUCAAAGCGGGGUAAGGAGGUCUUUCCCCAGGUCCAGGCUGUUGUUAAUCGGUUGGAGGCUUCGGGUUAUCCGGUUCAGAGGUAUCAUGCAGAUCGAGCCAAGGAACUCCGCUCAGCUCUGCUUGUUGAUUGGCUGCGUGAGAAGAGAAUCCACCAUACUUGGACCGCUGGGGAGAGCCCGGCAGGAAAUCGGGCUGAGCUAGCUGUUCAGCAGCUAAAGGGGUUCGUGCGGAAGCUUUUGGCAGUAGCCGAGUUGGAUAAGAAGCUUUGGCCACUAGCUUUGCUGCAUGCAGCCAAUCGCAAUUGGAUAGCCUUUGCUGAGUCGGUGGGCGUUCCACAACCGCAGUUCUUCCUGGGGGAGAUGUGGCAUGCUGCUGAAGACUGGGAAGGGUCUGAGCGCUGGGUAAUAGCGGCGUUUGUACCGCGGGAUUUUAAGAAAGCCACUGAAGAACACUGGGACAAGUUGAGGGAUCUUGGGUUCCCGGUUGAUGGUCUCAGGAGAGCCCAGGGAGGACUUAAGUUUGUUUCAGUAGGCCCUGACGAAGGGUGCAAUUCCGAGCUUGGGGGUCUGGGUGGUCAAGAAGACGGGGAUUGGGAAGUUGGAGUUCCGGUUCCGGUUAUGGAUUAUGACCUCUACGAUCGGUUUGUGCACUGGCAUGGAUGUGUAGCGAAGCAGUGUCGACUGCUCACCGCAGAGCUUUGUGAUGCUAUCGGAGAAGUAGAGAUACUUACCGAAGUAGCAAGGUUGCUAAGGGGUGAGGAGCUCCUUGCGGAAUGGCUAGAACGCAGUCUGGCAGUUUGCGGUGGGGUUGGUGAGGUAGGAGGGAUCGUUAAGGCUUUAGAUGUAGAGGUGCCCUUAGGUCCUGAAGCUUCCCCUGAUACCUUCUUGCAGACGAGGACUGUAGGACUUGCGGAGGCUAGGAAGGAGCUUAAUCUAUGGGUGGAGCCUGCCCAAGAUGAGGUAUUGAGUUUAGAAACCGUUAACCGGGCUGUAGACCGUGUGCAGGACUGUGUAGUCGAGGAGUGGGUGAGUCAGGGCAUGACGGUAGUUCAACUGCCAGGUAAGGUUGUUUUGACUAGGAAGUCGGGCACAGGUAAAAGGAGAUGUCGGGCGGUUUGUUGUGGGAACCAUUUGCCUACAGAUAAGCUAGGGUUGACACGCGAAGAGCUAUAUGCGUCGGGUGCCGAGUCAUUGUCCGUGAAGGUUUCUUUGACCUUUGCAGCCCGGAAUCGGCUGUGGGUCGGAGUGACCAUCGAUGUUAAGUCGGCUUUUCUGUAUGCGCCCAUAAGAAGUGAUUCCAAGGGGACCGAAGAGCGCAUCGUGGUGAAACCACCAGGGUUUCUGGUUGAACUUGGAGUGUUAAGUAGAGGUGACCGGUGGUGGAUCAGGAAAGCACUCUAUGGGUUGCCCACGUCCCCUAGGGAUUGGGGCCGGUAUCGAGAUGACGAGUUCACCAAGUUUAAGCUGAAGUGGGGGCAGCAAGAGUACAGUUUGUUUCAGACCAAGUCGGACAGUGCUCUCUGGUUGGCCAGAAGAUCCUCGGAAGGUUUCUUGAGUGAGAUCUGUGGAAUACUGGCGGUAUACGUCGAUGACUUGGCUUUCUUUGGCCCAGUUGAGCUUUGCCAGGCGUUUAUUGCAGAGGUGCAAGGACAUUGGAAAACCUCAGAACCAGAGCGGUUGGGGAAGGAACCUGUGACAUUCUGUGGGAUCGAGCUGACCCUGCAUAGUGGUGGAUACCGAAUGAGCCAGAGGGCCUACGUGCAGGAGCUGUUGAAUCGGUAUGGGGUAGAAGAUUCUACUUCGGCGCCGAUUGCCAAGUGGGUUGAGCCGGAGGUGGGUCCUCCACCAAGCGCGGAAGAAGUCCGGGAAGCUCAGGGCAUUACAGGUGCCCUUCUAUGGAUUUCCACGCGUACGAGACCUGAUUUGGCAUAUCUGGUUUCAAGGUGUGGGCAGCAGGCAACGAAGGCUCCGCAGUGGUCCAUCUCGUAUGGAAGACAAGCAUUAGCCUACUUGAAGGGUACUCAGGAGUUUGGGAUCGAAGUGCCCUUUGAUGUGGGAAAGACCUUUUCGGAUCAUGGGCUGCUGGCUAUUCCGCGUACGGAUUCGGCUAUAGAGCUCUACACGGACGCUUCCCAUAGUCCCGGGGGAGAUAGGCUACCCGCCAGCCUUUUACGCCUGGCCUUAUUGGCUGUGAUUCCUGGCGUGAAUGGCCAGCCGAACUUUGAUCCGGUAACUGGUGUUGUGUUCAACUCGGAAGCUGGGUUUGGUCUGGGAGCCAGUAUUCCAGAAGGUUCCGAUGAGCCCGCUCUAGAGGAUGACGCCCUUGUAGAAAGUUCAACAGGAUUGCCGGGAGCCAGUGUUCCAGCAGUUCCUGAGGAGGGAAGUUCGGAGGGUAUACCCGGCCGGGCAUCCGAGGAAGCAGAUAGCGAGUCCUCGGACUUCAACCCUCAGGAUUGGCAAGAGGCUCAACGUAAGCUAGAGGAUCAAGAGCGCCGAACUGGACUCACCUUCGUGCAAAGGGUUAGAUUGAGGAAGCAGAUUGCAGCAGGCCAAGUAGUAGAUCCCCCCGUUCUCCAGCAGCGUUUUGGAGGUAUUCCCUAUUGGCUAGGUGGGAACGAAGGGAACGCUACUCAAGAGUCAGAGGAC